AGUGGCUCAAAGGACUUGGAAGCUUUAGGACCUCGCACAGCCACAGAGAAGCGAGGUAAGAGCCAUGCCGAAGAAGACCAAGGCCGGCAAGACAGCAGCAGGAGGCUUCAAGAAGGGUCCUAUGAUGGAUGGCUUUCGGACCAUAGAAGAGCCUGCCUACUUGUCUGUGAAGGAGGAGAACAUUGCCCCCUUCACCGUCCCACUUGAGGCGUUCACCUUUCAGCCAGAGCCGGAUAUGAUUGUCAGCCAUUUCAAAAAUGGAGAUAGAGAACGCAAGAUCUACUGCAACAUGGAGCUCUCAGAAGAGGAGCAAGCCAGUGUCAAGUUAUUGCAGGAGACUGCCAAGAAGGAAGGCUUAGAAUUUUUUCCUUCGGUCGCCAUCAUGGCAGGGAGAUUCUUGAGCAGGGCCCGAGGCGAUCCUCACAAGGCCAUCAAGCUCAUGCACGCCACGCAAGAAUGGAAGGCAGAGUACUUCAAGGCUGGACCCGUAGCUGACGAUCAGGUCUUUGAGGAUCUCAAGUAUGGUGUAGUGUACUUCUGCGGCCGAGACUAUGGGCUCAGGCCGACGAUUGUGUGCAGAGCCAACCGCAUUCCGGACGAAUGGUACAAGGACAAGAAAGCAGGCAUCGAACGCCUGAUCAAAGUCCUUAUCUUUUGCAUGGAAUACAUGGUUCGAUACAUGGUCGUGCCAGGGAGAGUUGAAAACAAUUGCCUGAUUGUCGAUCUCAAGGGCCUGGGAAUUUCGGGUGUUCCCAUCUCCGCCUUGUCCCAAAUCUACUCAGUCAUGAGCCACCAUUACAUUGGUCGCGUUUUCAGAUUCUAUGUGGUCAACAUGUCCAGUGGACUCAGCACAAUAGCUGGUUGGGUGAAAGGGCUUUUGACGGAUCGUCAGAAGCAGAAGCUAGCUCUUUUGGACACUUUGGAUGACCUCAAGAAGGACUUUGCAAGUCAUCAGCUGGAGGAAGACCUCGGCGGAAGCAGGCCUGCAAUCACCAAAUUUUUCCCGUUUCCGCUCCAGGGCCCUCCUUACGAGAAAAACUCCACGGAGAGCUGCUCCACUAAGCCUGUCGAGGGAGCGCACAAGGUGCUCUCAGCAAUGGGUGCCAGGGGCAGAAUAUGGGAUCCGUCCAAGAGCAAGGAGGAGAAUCAGGAUCUGGAGUACAGCGCGGAAGCCUAUGACUGGUUUGUCCAGAACGGCUUUGCAGUGCCACCAGACUGCCACAGACAGCACGAGGCUGCGAAGAAGGCAGAAUUGGAGAAAGAAGCAGAAGCCAAGCGUCUUGCUGCUGAAAGCCCUGGUGGCAUUACCAAUUCAGACCUGAAGGUGAACAAUUCUGAUGGACUUGCCAUGCAAGACGAGGAAGAGGAUGAUGAGGUUGAAGAAGAGGAGGAGGAGGACAUCAUCAUUCAAGACCCAGCUGCCAUCAAGCCUAAGGGACUGUUCAGCUGCAGCCCAUGCUGGUGCGGCAACAAUUGAUUGGUUGCAGGAGGAGCGGGCUUGUUGACAGGGUGUGGCGGCUGUUGAAAGCAAAAGUUUUCACCAAAACGUGCA